AUGGAGGCCAAACCUUCAAACUCAAAAGAAGUAGCCAUCGAAUUCCCUUUCUUCCGUCUCUUCAAAGAUCGCACCAUAGACAGAUUCUUCGGAGACCCAUUUCUCCCUCCCUCACCCGACUCCGAAUCCGGUGUUAAAUCCAAAGACGUCGUCAUCUCUCCCCAAACCGGAGUAACCGCCAGAAUCUUCCUUCCCCAAAUACCCGACCCGACCCGAAAACUCCCACUUCUCAUUUACUACCACGGCGGCGCUUUCUGCGUCGGAUCUCCGUUCUCUCCUCCUUACAGUCAGUACGCCCCUUCGUUGGCCGAACAAGCAAACGUCGUCGUUUUGUCUGUUCACUACCGCAGGGCACCGGAGGAUCUACUCCCGACCGCUUUCGAUGACGCCUGGGAUGCCGUCAAGUGGGCCGCGGCCCAUUCCGGUGGUAAUGGGCCUGAAUCUUGGAUUAACCAGUUCGCGGAUUUAAAUAAAGUUUUCUUGGGCGGGGAUAGUGCUGGUGCGACUCUGGCCCAUAACGUGGCGAUUCGGGCCGGUGUUGAUGGGCUUAGUGGGCCGAAACUUAUGGGUAUGGUUUUGUUUCACCCGUAUUUCGGGAACGACAAACCAGACAAAAUGCUUGAGGUGAUAUUUCCCACGUGUGAAGGUGUUGAUGACCCGAGAGUUAACCCGAGUUCGGAUCCGAAUCUGGUGAGGUUGGGUUGCUUGAGAGUGUUGAUUUUCGUAGCUGAGAAGGAUUUUCUGAGGAAAAGAGGUUGGAGUUAUUAUGAGGCGUUGAAGAAGAGUGGGUGGAGUGGGGUUGUGGAGAUUGUCGAGACUGAAGAUGAGAAUCAUGUCUUUCAUUUAUUUGAUCCCACGAGUGAGAAGGCCCAAGCUAUGAUGAAGAAGACUGUUUCAAUCUUGAAUCAGGCCCAAGCCCAUAUUUAAUGGCCACAAAAACAAAUUAAGUGUGUUUAUUUAUUACUAUAUUAUAUUAUAUCUUUUUCUUAUAUUUUUAUUAUUUAUCGAAGAAUAUUUUUUGUAGAAUUUUGCCCUUUUAAUUUUUUAUCUGAAUUAUAAAAGUUGUUGCAAUUCUUUAG